AUGAUCCUCAGAUAUGCUAAAGUUAAGGAACAUGGAAAAUUUCCAGUUGUGGUGAAAAACACCUACAACGUCACAAAACUACAAAUCAACAAAGACAUAACCGACAUCAAUGAAUUUGUAAAAAGCAUUGGGAAGUCAUUGACCACCACAAGCUGCAACAACCGAGGGUGGUCACAAAAAUCUUCCAGCUCUCAUAUGUCUAUCAGGGAAAAGUUUUUAGAUAAAUAUAUUCAGAUUAAACUUAAUGAGAUAAGCCAAUUGGCCGAGGCUACAUUUUGUGUAAUUGUUGCUACAACAGACAAGCUUUUAGCAUCAGAACAUGAAACCUCCAUUUUUCUGUCGGGAUGGACACCGUAUAGAAGCAAAAAUUUAGAGGUUUAA